AUGGCCCGUACAAAGGAGGUUAAGAAGGCGGCGACCAAAAAUGCAGUGUCUGGUGGCAAGAGGUCUGCCCCCCCUCCCAAACUUCCAACCCCGGAUGUCAGCGAGGACGACGAUCCCAGCGAGAGCGAGCUGAACGACAAGAUGGAGCUGUUCAGCGACAUGGAGGGCUCCGAUGCCUCCAGCGUCCUCGACGACGAGUUCGACGGCGAGGCCUCUGCCAGCGGUGACGAGGCCAGCGGCCACAGGGCCGGCAAGGGGUCUGAGGAGGAGGAGGAGGACGAUGACGAGGCCACCAGCGCCUCCGGCUCCGAAGACCUGCCGGGCGUGCGCCGCCGCAUCAAGGACAUCGUGCGCACGCUGGAUGCUUUUGCCGCGCGGCGCGACGGGGUGCACACCCGCGCCGAGUACACGGACCAGCUCAAGCGGGACCUCGUCACCUACUACUCCUACAACGACUUCAUGAUCGACGCGCUGUUCAACCUGUUUUCGGCCAGCGAGGCCGUGGAGCUCAUCGAGUCCUGCGAGAACCCGCGGCCGGUGACGCUGCGCGUGAACACGCUGCGGACGCGGCGGCGGGAGCUGGCAGCCGCUCUGAUCAACCGCGGCGUGAACCUGGACCCCAUCGGGCCCUGGUCCAAGGUGGGCCUGGUCGUGUACGAGUCGCAGGUGCCGGUGGGCGCCACACCAGAGUACAUGGCGGGGCACUACAUGCUGCAGGGCGCCUCCUCCUUUCUUCCCGUCAUGGCCUUGGCCCCGCAGGAGGGCGAGCGCAUUGUUGACGUCGCUGCCGCACCUGGCGGCAAGACCACGUACAUCAGCGCCCUGCUGCGGAACACGGGCAUGGUCUUUGCCAACGAGAUUAACAAGGACCGCCUCAAGUCCCUGACCGCCAACCUGCAGCGCAUGGGCGUCCUCAAUACAGUGGUGUGCAACUACGAUGGGCGCGAGCUGCCCAAGGUUCUGGGCGAGCGCUCCAUGGACCGCGUGCUGCUGGACGCCCCCUGCUCCGGCACCGGGGUCAUUUCAAAAGACCCCACGGUCAAGUCCUCCAAGAACCAGGCCGAGAUCUGGAAGUGCGCCUUCCUGCAGAAGCAGCUCCUCCUCGCGGCCAUCGACCUGGCGGACGCGGGGUCCAAGACAGGGGGCUAUGUGGUCUACUCCACCUGCUCCAUGAUGGUGGAGGAGAACGAGAACGUGAUUAACUACGCUUUGAAGAAGCGCGACGUCAAGGUGGUGCCCACCGGCCUCGAGUUUGGACGGCCCGGCUUCGUCAAGUAUCGGGAGUUUCGGUUCCACCCCUCCCUGUCCAAUGCCCGCCGCUUCUACCCCCAUGCACACAACCUGGAUGGUUUCUUCGUGUGCAAGCUGAAGAAGGUUUCCAACGCAAAGCGUGGCUCUGGAAACGACGAGGAGGCUGAGGAGGGUUCAGACGGCGAGGGGUCGGAGGAGGAGCCCGUGCAACCUGCGCCCCUGGAGCAUCAGACCCAGCCCGCGAGGCAGCCGCCAUCGCCGGCUGACAAGGGGCCUCGAGCAAAGCAGCAGCCAGGACCGGCCCGCAGGCCCAAGGCCUCGCCGGCGAGGAGGCGGGCCGGCGCGGCCGCAGAGCCGGAGGUCGACGGGGCGGAGCCCGCGGUGCCGACCCCUAAGAAGGAGCGGGGGAUCGUGAAGCGCGCCAGGGCGGAGCUGCAACAGGAGCGGGAGGCGCAGAAGGCGAGGGAGGGGGCAGCGACGGAGCAGCAGGCAGCAAAGAAGGCCAAGCCUGCUGAAGGCGCAGCGGCGGCGGCCAACGGCCGCGGCAAGCCAGCCACGCAGGGCUCGAAGCCCGCGAAGAAGGUCGGCGCCAAGGAGCGGAGGUGA